CGGUGCGUUGUGCCCGAAAAAAGUCGGAUAACUGCGGACGCGCAGCCAGGACAAAUGACAUUAGGAGCUUGGGUCAGGAGGAGCUCUCACAUCCGCAACAGCUGAGCAACUGGGCCAGGCCUUCACAUCACACACGCCCGAUUACACCCAUAUAUAUACAUAUGCGUAUAUAUACACUAUAUACAUAUACCCUAACUGUAUGCUCAUUAUGCCUAAUUGUGGCACAAAGUCAACAAACAACUUUUCUUGUGACGUCUUAUCACUGGCAACCGGAUCAAUAUUGGCCGCCAGUCAAGCUUUCCACUUUCCACUUGAAGCCGCCUCUAGAUAUCGCAUUCACCCGGCUGCAGCUCCAGUUAACUAUUCGCCAAGCCAAUAAAAAUGUUAAAUUUUCUACAUUUUCGAUUCUCUAACGGACAACCCGCAGGAGAUGGUCAUAUUACUUUUCCGCCGAUGCCGUUCUACGCGAUUCUCAUGAAUUCAAGUAGGCCCCACAUAUUGAAGUGUGCAUUUAGUUACGUGGAGGAGGCGGCUUCGACUUGCAGGAGGCGGCUUCGACUUGCAGGAGGCGGCUGCUUCGACGAGGAGGAUGAUGUUGCAGCUUCGACAAAGAGGAAGGGGCUCUGCCAUGGAGGAGUCGGCCGCUUUGAAAUGGUGAUGGCGUCAGUAGCAGCUUGGAGGUGACGGCUGCUUCUUCAAUGAGGAAACGGCGGCUUUGACAAGGAGAAAGCGGCUUCGACAAGGAGGAGACGGCCCUGGCAUGGAAAAGGCAGCUGCUUCGACGAGGAGGAGUAUGUGGCAGCUUCGACAAGGAGGAAGCGGCUGCUGCGACAAGGAGGAGGUGGUGGCUUAACAUGGAGGAAGCGGCUGCUCAGACGAGGAGGAAGUGGUUGCUUUGUCAAGGAGUAGGAUGUGGCUGCUUCGACAUGAAGGAAGCGACGGCUUUGAAAAUUCGCUGCGCUGCACAUUUAAAGAAAGAAUCGAAUUUAAACUUAAGCUGUAAUAAGCCUUCUCGGAUACAUCAAAAAAAUAAUAUAUAUGUGUGAAUAUCA